AUGGCCACGGCUAGUAUGGAGGCGUACUUGCGCCCUGCUCUGAAGACCUCAUUGCUGCUCCUCUCUGCCGUCUCCGUCCACCUCUCUCUAUCGCCGCCUAACCCUCCUGUGAAGCAGGAAGAACUUUAUUGGCGUUCGACAAUGGUGUGGGUGGGGGUUCUGACAGAGAUCCUGGUCCCAACGAUUGCCAGCGCAUGGAGCCGGCACUGGGCAUCGGCUUUGUUCGACGCCUCCGCUUCAUAUUCGGGUUGCGAAUGCCAUCCAUUGCUCAUUGCGGGAGCGUUGUUCACCAUUCUCGCUGCCUCCCUCCGAAUAUGGUGCUUCAAGAAACUCGGCCCACUGUUUACUUUCGAGAUCACCAUUCGACCUAAGCAUGAGCUCAUCACCUCUGGCCCCUAUUCCUUUGUCCGGCAUCCCAGCUACACUGGCGUCUUCCUGACAUUGAUAGGGGCUUCCCUCUUGCUGUUCGCUCCGAGCAAUUGGGUAGCUACGAAGGGCGUUUGGACUGUGCCUGGUGCACUGUUUGGGUUGUUUUGGGCUGUGAAAUGUGCCUUUGCGUUUCGCGGGACGUAUUUGAGACUGACGACGGAGGACGAGGUACUGAGGGAGACGUUUGGAGUUGAGUGGGAGGAGUACGCGAGGAGGGUACCGUGGAGGCUGUUACCUGGGGUGUUUUAA